GACAAAACAAUUGCCCUGAUAUUAAUUGGCAAUGGACUCACAAGGAGCGAUGCGCGGUAACGCAUGACCUCUCGCGUUAUGCAUUGCCAUCAAAUAAUCUGCACAGCAGCCUAAGUCUUAAAGUCUGUGGCAGACAUUGUGAUGUUGUCAAUAAUCGAUAAGGUGUUUAAAUGAUCUCUUCGCCCUCUCUCAUCGUCUCCUCCCCUCUGAUGCGCUGCGCAUCAUCUGGCUCUGCGCGCACUCACUUCAGCGCUCGCAUUUCUCACGAGCGCGUCUCCUGUCCUUAUCGCGCCGCCUCGGACGCUACAAUUAACUCAUCUCUCAUGCCCACCACUGGCUAUUCUUUCUAAAUCCAGACAAAGGCGAGAGGAACAGUGACACUUCACCCAAAGAUCGCCCGCGCGUUCCGAUCCAUUUCUGCGUGCCUCGCGCUAGGACGCUCCAGACGCGAGCGCGCGUAUUUUGCGCCGUCUCCACGCAUUCAGGAGUCUUAAAUCUGGCGGCGAGGACCCGGUGAUGAGACGGCUGUGGUGGGGGUUCGGCAUGGCGGGCUGGGGGUUCGGUUGGAUUCUGGUGCUGCUCGCGCUCUGGAGGCCCGGUGCCGCUUGCCCCGUGCUCUGCACGUGCAGCGGUGUUCGGAUCUCCUGCGUGGACUCGGAGCGCAGUAUCAUGGCUUUUCCCAUGCUUCAGUCCGAGGCAGAGAUGGAGAACAUCACAGACAUAUACAUUGCAAAUCAAAUCAGUUUCACUUCCAUUAAUGAAAAGGAUCUCAACUUAUAUCACAACCUUAGAAACUUAACGGUAACAAACACAAAGCUCACAUAUAUUUCCCGGCAGGCCUUUCAGAACAACCUGAAACUACAAUAUCUAAAUCUCAAAGAAAACAAUCUGUCAAAUAUGUCGUGGAGGACUUUUCGUAAUUUAAACAUCUCAUCCCUGUUGCUGGCAGGUAAUCCUUUGCAGUGUUCGUGUGAUAACGUGUGGCUGAAACAUUGGAAAGGAGAAGAGGCCGAGGAGCUGCUGUGUGUGGAGGAGGGAGGGAAGAGGAGAUCUUUUUCCACGCUCACACUGCCGAACUGUGCUCUCCCCUCUGUGACUCUCACUCCAACUAAAGUGACCAUGCUCGAAGGGUUAAAUGUAACGCUGACAUGCAACACAUCAGGAAUGCCCGUGCCUAGUUUGAACUGGACCACCUGCAAGCUAAAUUCCCGAUUUGAGCUUGACCGAUCGGGUCAGAUGUCUGAUCUCAAGCUCAUGGACGUCUCUUUCCUGGACAAUGGAUGCAAAGUAGCCUGCACAUCUGAAAACAUGGUGGGCGAAUCUGAGGCCUACGUGCAUCUGGACAUACUGUUUCCGCCUAGGAUCAGCAAGCUGAUGGAUGCUAUCUCAGACCACCACUGGUGCAUUCCCUUCAGCGUGUCGGGCAAUCCAGAGCCGAAACUCAGCUGGUUGUUAAAUGAUAAACCGGUGGAGGAGGGAAUCUUCAUUCGAACCAUGAUCCACGACUAUUCAGAUGGUGAAUACCAUGGUUGCUUACAACUGGACAGCCCGACGCACAUCAACAAUGGAAACUACACACUGUUGGCCAGUAACAAAUACGGAAAAGACAGCAGGAAAAUAAGAGCUCAUUUCAUGCUUGAGCCGUGGAAUGAAUCGGUUACUGAUCCAUUGUAUUAUGAUCCCACUACAGACGACACUCCUAUUGGACCACCUGAGAACAAAGUUGCUGUGUACGUGGUCGUGGGAAUCGCCGCAGUCACAUUCACAGGCUUCAUCCUGAUGCUCGUCGUUCUGAAGUUUGGACGCAACUCAAAAUUCGGAAUCAAAGGUGCAUCCUCAGUCAUUAGUAAUGAUGAUGAUUCUGCCAGCCCUCUUCAUCACGUGUCCAACGGAUCCAACACGCCCUCAUCCUCUGACAUGAACGCAGACGCCGUCAUCAUCGGGAUGACCAAGAUUCCCGUCAUCGAGAACCCCCAGUACUUCCGCAGCACCAACAGUCUGCUCAAAUCUGACACCUUUGUUCAACACAUUAAGAGACACAACAUCGUGCUGAAGCGGGAACUUGGAGAAGGAGCGUUUGGGAAAGUCUUCCUGGCUGAAUGCUACAAUCUGUCGACAGAACAGGACAAAAUUUUAGUGGCCGUGAAGACUUUAAAAGAGGCCAGUGAGAAUGCCAGGAAGGACUUUCAUCGCGAGGCCGAGCUGUUGACUAAUCUUCAGCACGAACACAUUGUCACCUUCUAUGGUGUGUGUGUGGAGAGCGACCCCCUAAUUAUGGUAUUUGAGUAUAUGAAACACGGCGAUCUCAAUAAGUUCCUCAGAGCUCAUGGUCCUGAUGCUGUUUUGAUGGCUGAUGGAGAGAUCCAGCAGCAGGCAGAGCUCACUCAGUCCCAAAUGCUUCAUAUUGCACAGCAGAUCGCUGCAGGCAUGGUGUAUUUGGCCUCCCAACACUUCGUUCACAGAGACUUGGCCACGCGAAACUGCCUUGUCGGAGAAAACCUCCUGGUGAAGAUCGGAGACUUUGGAAUGUCCCGAGAUGUUUACAGCACAGAUUACUAUCGGGUUGGAGGUCACACCAUGCUGCCAAUUCGUUGGAUGCCACCAGAGAGUAUCAUGUACAGGAAGUUCACCACCGAGAGUGAUGUCUGGAGUCUGGGAGUGGUGCUGUGGGAGAUCUUCACCUACGGGAAACAGCCCUGGUACCAGCUUUCAAAUAAUGAGGUGAUCGAGUGUAUUACUCAAGGGCGUGUACUGCAGCGUCCCCGGACCUGUCCUAAGGAGGUGUACGACUUGAUGCUAGGAUGCUGGCAGAGAGAGCCACACACCCGACUCAACAUCAAAGAGAUUCACAACCUGCUCCUAAACCUGGCGAAGGCUUCACCGGUGUACCUGGACAUCCUAGGAUAAGACUGCACAUGGAUACCUUCUAUCCAUCCCAUAAUUCCUCUCUCCUCUCGCUUUAAAUCCUCCUUCGUUCUUCUCUUUUCGAUGUAAAUGUCUAGAUAGAUCAGCCACAGGAUCUUGUCCGUUUACAUUAUGACUUAAAAUAACAUAUAGAAAAGACGUGCACUGACCACGGCUUUUAAAAUUACAAACGGUUGACCUUUCUCAACUUCAGGACCAAGUGAACUCACUGCAUACUUGUUCAUUUUAUUCAUCACAACUGCAGAAGGACUUUUGCCGCUGGGUUGAUUGUUUCAUCAUUGUCAGAACUUCAGGGACAAAAUGAGAGAAGAAACAAACAGCUUUUUCUGCCCGCUGGACUUCUGUCAGCACACAGCUACUGUACUUUAUGUAUCAUUAUGUACAUCAUAUGUCAUGUAGUAAGGGAUGCACCGAUAUGAUUUUUUUUUGGGGGGGCAUACCGAUUUAAACAGACAACUAUUGGCCUGUAUACUAUACAGUUGGCCUAUUAGCUAGUUCAUUUCUGCAUCCAAUUAUUUUUACUGAACAUGCUAACCAACAUAAUGAGAGAGGCACAAAGUAAGAUCAAAUGUUGGCGAUUUUUGCUCUUUAUCCGAGAUUUUGAAAAAAGCCCAGACUGCAGACAUUUUCCCGAAAUACUCUUAGACCGCAUGGCUCAUGUGAAUGUAAUCUCUCAUGGGAUAAACUGCGUGAUUUACUAUUUUUUCCCCUAUUGCACGUCUGACAAACUAUAAUUUGUACAGAUUUUAUUUGGGGAAGUAUUUAAUUAUUUAAAUAUUAUAAUUUUUCGGUACAAUCGGUAUUGGGCUUUCUCAUGUAAUUGCUGAUGGUUUCAAAUUUAUCAAAAAUCGGCGGAUACAUCGGUGCAUCACUACAUGUAGUCGCAAAGGUUUGGACAUAAACUCAUUCUUGUUUUUUUUUUUUUCACAUUUUAAAGCUAUCAAAAAACACAAAUAGGAUAUUGUAAAUGACCUUAAAUAUUCUGCACAGGUGCAUCCUGGGAUUUGUUUUUCUGGAAGUACCCAUUCUGGAUACUUCGCUUUCACUUAACAGCACCUUAAUUCUUGUAGUGCUUGUAAAAUAUAUGUUCACAAAAUGUAUAUAUUUCUUUGCAAAACUUACGUUAUACUGUAUAUUUAAGCAUACGUUUUUGGAUCAAACUUUUUUAAGAUCAUGAAGAUCAACUGUAAAAAAAAUCUUGGCUCCCUAACACUGUAAAGUUGUGAGUUCAACUUAAAAAAUUAAGUUACCUGGUUGCCUUAAAAUUUUGAGUUAAUUCAACUUAAAAAAAUUAGUUAACUCAAAACGUCACAAGGUUGCUGUGUCGACUAACAUUUUUAAGUUCAAUUAACUAAACAUUUUAAGGCAAUCAGGUUACUUACUUUUUUAAGUUGAACCAACUUUUUUACAGUGAAUUUUUAAGUUUAAUCAAAUUGGCUCUACAAGUUAUUUUAACUUGAUAUUGUCUACACUUUUAAGUUGUUUUAAACUAUAGCUAAGUUAAAAUUGCUCUGAUAAGUUAGACUACAGUAAAACAUUCUUUGCUGCCUUAAAUUUAUUUGUUUAAUCAACUAAUUUUAACUUACUAUUAUUUACUUGACUAGAAAUGAGUUGUUAUAAAAUAUACUGUAGUUAAAAGAAGUCAACUUUUAGCUGUAGCAACUCUCUAGUUCAGAUAAAUAAUAGGAAGUUGAAAUGAUUUGUAAAUCUUAAAAUUUAAGGCGGCAAAUAAUUUUUUACAGUGUAGUCAAAAUUUAAAACAGUUAAAAAAAAUAAAAGAUGACAGUCAAUUUGAUUAAACUUAAAGGUGUAGCGGAGGAUUUUCUCGAAUUUUAGAACCUUCUCCACUUUUUUGAAAAAUCCAAUUGCGCAACACUCCUGAUUGACAACUAGGAGGACCAAUAGUCUUGAUGAUCCACCCGGAAAAAGAAAAUCCUCUGCAAUACCUUUAAAAUUUAGGACAAUUUAAUUCAAUUUACUUAAUUUUUUAAGGUAAGUUGCAAUCAAUUUAUUUAAGCUACAUUUAAACAAAAGUUUUUUGUUUUGUAUUUCUAUUUUUUUAAUGUAGCUUAAAUAAAUUGAUUGCAACCACUUACCUUAAAAAAAAUAGUAAAUGAGUAAAUUAAAUAAAUAUUUUUUUCAGUGAGUGCUCUUAAAAUAAAAAAGUGCUUCACAAGGCUGUACAAGAACCAUUUCUGGCUGAAUGCUUUCAAGAACCUUUAACAUAAGAAACGUUUCUUCUGAUUAUAAAAAUGUAACUAAUGUUUUUUUUUCCUGAGAACUUUUGACUGAAAGGUUCUUUGAGGAACCAAAAAUUGUACCUUUCAAGCACCUUUAUUUUUAACUGUAAAUGUAAGUGUGUCCAAACCUUUGUCUGUCAGUGUACAUCUAAAUGUGAAAGUAAUGAUGAUAACCAGUGACAAACUGCGAUGUAUUUAUAUUAUAUUCGUAGCUGAACCAGAUUGGUAGAAUGCUUCUGGUUUCUGACAGGAUGUUUUUACUCUCAAGCUAAUUUGAAAUGGCAGUGUGACCCGCUAACAUGUAUUCAGGUCUGUACUGAACACUACAUGCAGUACUAUAGAGGACUAAAUGGAGUCAUUUGAGACAAGGCCAUACCUUAGUACUGUCAGUGUGCAUUUACUACAGGACCUUAAUUAGGCAGAGUGCCCGAUUCUAGUGAGGGCUAAAUUACAACCUCUUUCUGUCUUUCUCAUUCACAGUGGUUUACUGCUGAAGCUCUAAUGUAGUACUCAAGCUUCGGGUUCACACAACUGCUGAGGUGUAAUAUAUAUUUCAUAACAGGACAAAUGUCUACUAUUAGCACCAACUCCCUAAAGACUCGUACAGUAUAUACAUUGUCGGACGAGAGGAGGGGAACGUGAAAGAGACGGCAGAGGAGAACAGGCGAUGCGUAACUUUUCUUUUUGUUAAUACAAACUAUAGAGGCUUUCCUUAUUUAUUAUUGCAAUGUCAAUCUUAAUUCUCAUGUGAGACUUUGCACACUGUACUGAAUGCCACAAUGAAUCAAGUGAACAAAAUCUCCGAAGCGAUUUGUUUCGUAGACAAGCUAAAGUUCACAAAUUGGAAAAUUGUAUUGGAUUGAAAAUAGAGAAAUCCUCUUUAUAUUUAAAAUUUUAUUUUGGACUUCAUGUGUUUGACUUUUGCCUGUAAAUUAUUUUAUUGUACAAUAUCAUUUUGUUAAUAGUUGUUAUUUUUAUAUUUGGUUGAGAGCAAAUGUAGAUUUUGUCUGGGGUAGAUUGUCCUUAAAUAGGAAAAAAUACGCUUUUAUGUUUUAGGUUUAUCUCGAAACAUAAAACAAUUAUGACCUGCAUAAUUCACUCCAAGAUCAAAUAAAAUAUUUGAAGCCACAUUCUAGGACUUUUUGCAUUAUGAUAUAUUUGUAUUGUAAUAUUUUCAUGACACGCAUAAAACAAUGAAGCACUUUUCUCCCACAUUAUAACUGUUAUGCACCUGGAUGUUUAUACUUUUCAGUUGUUUUGGCAGUGGCGAGGGGGCAGUACCCUUUAAAAUGGUCAUACUACUAUGUACCAUUUAUGUACAGAUAUGUAUACAUGACCUCUUUCUGGCUGUGUAGGUAAAAAGAGCUGUAAUUUGAAUCUUUUUUUCUUUUUUUGCACAGUAGUAAUACUUUGAAGUGAAAUUGUGCCUGUUUGUCAUGAAAAUAAUCUCACAAUAGAAAAAAUCCUAAAACUACAGAACCCCUAAGGUGACAUUGGAGUAAAAAAAAUCAAAAGUUUAGUUUCAUGUGCUCACGUGAAACUUUCGCAUGCUCACAUGAAACUUUUCCGUGCUCACGUAAAACUUGCUUGUGCUUACGCGAAACCUUCAUGUGCAGAAUAAAAAAAAGGUUUAGUUUCAC